AUGAUUCUGGCGGUUAGGGCGUCUCCUGAAUGGACUGUUGGUAUCGAAGCGUAUGAUGUUGAUGGCAGUGUUUACAAUAAUAAUACUGUAGAUGCACUUGCUGUGUUUGUAUUAAUGAUAAUAUUCUCAGAUGGUAGGGUCAUUUUCCUUGUUCGACUUUCUUUCGUUCAUCUUUCCAUUCUUUCUGUUUUCUUUUUUCUUUCUCUUUUUUACUCUCUAUCUCUAUUUUUCUCUUUUUACACUCUCUCUCUAUUUUUCUCUUUUUUACACACUCUCUCUAUUUUUCUCUUUUUUAUACACUCUCUCUAUUUUUCUCCUUUUUUCACUCUCUAUAUUUACUCUUUUUUACACACCCUUUCUAUUUUUCUCUUUUUUAUUGCCUAUCUCUAUCAUUUUCGUCUCCCUCUGAUUUAUAAUCUAUAUCUACUACUUUCUUUCACUUUUUUACUCCCUAUCUCUAUUUUACUCUUUUUUACACACUCUCUCUAUUUUUCUCUUUUUUACACUCUCUAUAUUUUCUCUUUUUUACACACCCUUUCUAUUUUUCUAUUUUUUAUUGCCUAUCUCUAUUAUUUUCCAUUCCCUCUUAUUUAUAAUCUAUAUCUAUUAUUUUCUUUCACUUUUUACUCUCUAUCUCUAUUUUUCUCUUUUUUACACACACUCUCUCUCUCUCUCGCUCUACUUUUUCUUUUUUUUAUCUUUUUCUCAUUUUUUAUUGUCUAUCUCUAUUAUUUUCCCCUCUCUCUUAUUUAUGUUCUUUACCUGGUACUUUCUUUCUUUUUUUUCACUCUCUAUCUUUAUUUUCCCCCUUUUUUACUCUCUGUCGCUAUUUUUCUCUUUUUUUACUCUGUCUAUAUAUUUCUUUUUUUUGCCUCUCACUUUUAUUCUCUUCCUUUUACUUACAGUCUAUUUCUCUCAUUUCAUUUUCCUUAUUCGACUUUCUUUUUUUCAUCUUUACACUCUUUCUGUUUUUUUCUUUCUUUUUUCUUUUUUCUUUCUUAUCUCUUUAUUUUCUAUUUUGUUUUACACUAUAUCAUUCAAAUCCUCUCUCUUAAUAAUCUGUCUUUUUUUACUCUUUUUUAUAUUCUAUAUCUAUCUAAAUUCAUAUCGUUCUUACCCUGUUGUUUUUUAAUUUUCUUUCUCUUUUUUAUAAUUUAUCUCUUUCUUUUUUUUACUUUAUAUCUCUCUAACAUUUUUUGUCUGUUUUACUCUUUCUAUUUUAUUUACAAUCUUUCUUUCAUUUUUUAUUCUCUAUCUAUUUUUCUUUUUUACUCUCUCUCUCUCUCUCUCUCACUUUUUCUCUUUUUUACACUGUCUUUCUAUUUUUCUCUUUUUUUAAAAAUUGUCUACCUCUAUUAUUUUCCCUCUCUCUUAUUUAUAAUCUAUCUCUUUCUAUAUUCUAUAUCUAAUUUUAUGUCGGUUUUACUCUUUCUAUAUUAUUUACAAUCUUUCUUUCAUUUUUUAUUCUCUAUCUAUUUUUCUUUUUUUACACACUCUCACUCUCUCUUUCUUUGUCUCUUUUUUACUCUCUGUCUCUAUUUUUUCUCUUUUUUAUUCUCUGUUUCUAUUUUCCUCUUUUUUAUUCUCUGUCUCUAUUUUUUCUCUUUUUUAAAAAAUUGUGUACCUCUAUUAUUUUCCCUCUCUCUUAUUUAUAAUCUAUCUCUUUCUAUAUUCUAUACGUCGUUUUUACUCCGUUUUUUUUUUUAUUUUUAUUCUCUUUUUUAUAAUUUAUCUCUUUCUUUUUUUACUUUAUAUCUUUCUAGAAUUUUCUGUCGGUUUUACUCUGUAUCUUUUACUUUUUCUAUUUUAUUUACAAUCUAUCUCGUUUUAUCUAUAUUUUUCACUUUUUUUCUUUCUCUGUCUUACUAUUUUUCUUUUUUUAUUUACUAUCUCUUUCACUUUUCCUCUCACUUAUUUAUAAUCUAUAUCUGGUACUUUCUUCCUCUUUUUUAUUUUCUAUCUCUAUUUCUUCUAUUUUUACUCUUUAUGUCUAUUUUCUAUUUUACUCUCUAUUUCUAUUUAUCACUUUUUAUUGUCUAUCUCACUUACUUUCCUUCUCUCUUUUCAUAA